AUGGCGCCGUCCGAGUGGCUGGCGGGCUGGCGCGCCGUGCACUGGGCCUGCCUGGGGGCGGGCGCCUUGGCCGCACUCUUCCUGCUGCUGCACUCGGUGACGUUCCACCGGCUCAAGCGGCGCAUGGCCGACCUGCUGCUGAGCGGCAUCGCGCUGGCCGACCUGGGCUUCGUGGGGCUCGAGGCGCUGCAGCAGGCGGUGCGCUCGUCCUACUUCGCGCGCUACCGGCGGGAGGACGAGGGAGAACGAGACGCGCACUAUUCUACCGGGGACUUCGCGCUCACACUGGGCGCGCGCUUCAGCUUCUUCAUGUCGUUCUACUGGAUCGCCAACCUGUCGCUGCUCAUGCGGCUGGGCAACCUCGAGGCGCUGCACGUGCGCCGCAGUCUGCUGCUGUCCACGCUGGCCUCGCUGGUCUACGGCUGCAUGCACGCCAUUCUACCCACGCUGAGCGGGGAGGGCGGGGGUAGUAUAUCCGACUCGGGCCCGGCCUACAGGGUCACUGCUGUGCUGCUGUUCAUCAUGCAGGCGACGCCGCUGCUCAUCAUCUUGGCCAACCUCCGCGCGGUGCGGCGCUCAAGACUCAACGCGUCUACCCAAGGGCGGAACGUUAUCCGGAGACUCACAGGCUACUGCGUCUGCGCCACGGUGUUCACGAUGCCGUACGCGCUGGUGCUGGUCUUCUCCCAGGAGCUGGUGGGCGUGGGGGCUGUUACGCAGACGCUGAACUAUUUCGUUCCCGUUGCCAACGCACUGCUGUUCGGGACGAGUCUGAGCUGCUGUUGCUGCUGUGCUACGGCCACGGACGCUGCGACGACGCUGCCGAAGAAGGAGGAGAAGAUGCGCCAGGACGACACUCCGUCGUCGUCUAUUGACAUUUCUGCGGGAGUUUUGACCGACGGAAGCGCCACGCCUGGAAGUACGGGGUAUACGGGGGCUCCUACCGGUGGAGGAGGAGGUGCUCUAGGGAUGAGAGACGGACUGUUGGCUGGAGGACCGAUCGCUGAAAUGGUGACCGAGGGUCCUGCUGUGAAGAUCGGCGAGGGAUCCAGUGCGGAGGUGUACAAGGCCCAGUGGCUGGGCAUCACCGUGGCGCUCAAGUGUCUGCGAUUCCACGCUGGCAGCAGCUCCGAAGCGGAGCUGUACAUGACCCACUUGUCCGAGCUGCGAACCGAGUUCCUGGAUGAAGCGGUGCUGGCUGCCCAGCUACGCCACCCAAACAUCACGCUGUUCAUCAAAAUGGGCACGUACAAGGGGAGCUUGUGCCUCGUCAAUGAAUACUGCGCGCGUGGCUCGCUGCGAGACGUUCUACGUGCCAAUCCACUCAUGGAAUGGAACACGAAAUCGAUCGGCGAGAGCGUCGUCAUGAUGGACAACGCUGCGUCGGAGCUCAUGACGACUUUCGCUGGCACGUGGCGCUGGAACGCUCCGGAAAUCAUGAAGAACCCGAACGAGUGCCGCUUCAACCGCGAGACCGACAUGUACAGCUUCGGAGUGGCGCUGUGGGAGAUUCUGACCAACGGAGCGGUACCGUUCGGCAACGUGGACUUCGACCACCAAGUGCGGCAGCUCGUGGCAGCCGGUGAGCGUCCAGCGCUGCCUCCUGCGUAUCUGCGCCGUGCUCCUCCCGAGUUCGUCGAGGUCAUGUGCGCCUGCUGGCACCAGCGGCCGGAGAAGCGGCCCAGCGCGCAGGACGUGAUGCUGCGACUGGGGUCCCUCUCCUACACGCUGUCGAACGGGUCGGAGUUCUACACUUCGUCACAGGGAACAGCGCGCUACGUCUUCAGCGACAACUACUACCAGGCCAUGGACUCCGGCCAGAGCUGCCCCGGACUGUGGUAA